CCUGUGAAUAAUGCAAAGACAGCUUACUCUCUAGUGAUAAUAAUAUAGCAACUCGAUAUCUGUGUAUUGUGCAUUUAGUGAUCUCAUUUUUCUGUUUUGAUUACACCAUGUUACACGGUUUUUUUCUGUUUUUGUUACACAAGUUUAAACCUCCAGUCUACAUGGACCAAAGAGAUGGCUAAUGUAGAGGAGAGUGGAGGAGAUGUGGAGCAUCUGCUGGUAGUGAUUGUGGACUUGUGCAAUGCCUACGAAAUCAGCGCCUCCUCUAAGGAACACACACAAGCGCUGUCCGUGAAGCAGUGUCUGGAUGCAGUGACAACAUUUAUAAACUCGUACGUACUCACUUGCCACGGACACAGUGUAGCGGUGUGCAUCAGUCACCAAGCUGGAAGUCAAAUGGUGUACCCUUCAUCCAUGACCUCUGAACUCUCAGCAGACGACCCUAGACUACAGAACACUGGCAAAUAUGAGCCUUUAGUGCACAUGAACUCUAUACUAUGUGACCAGGUGCACCAGGUUGUGGCCAAACUCUCGUCAGCACCAGCAGACACUGUGUCUACGAGUACUCUACUCUCUGGGGCCAUCAGCAAGUCACUGUGUUACAUUCAGCGACAGAACAGAGAGCUGUUAAUAGGUAGGACACUCAACUCUCGUAUCCUGGUGGUCCGCUCCUCCUCUGACAGUGCCCCUCAGUACAUCCACACCAUGAACUGCAUUUUUGCUGCUCUAAAGAAUAGAGUGCCUAUAGACUCUUGUGUGUUAUGGGAGGAUUCUGGGUUCUUGCAACAAGCUUCUGACGUGACUGGGGGUGUGUACAUCAGGACCCCAGAGCCCUCGGGACUGCUGCAGUAUUUAUUGUGGGUGUUUCUCCCUGACCCGUCCACUCGUGACCACCUCCUCCUCCCCUCCUCUGUUGAGAUUGACUACAGAGCCGCCUGCUUCUGUCAUCACAAACUAGUGGACGUGGGAUUUGUGUGCUCUGUCUGUCUCUCCAUAUUCUGCCGGUCAACUCCAAUUUGUUCCAUGUGCAAUACUCAUUUCAAGCUACCUUCACUGCCCACCCUCAUGAAGUCAAAGAAAAAAAAGAAUCAUAAACACAAAGGAACAUAGUAUGAUAACUUUUGCACAUUAUUUAUUGUUCUCAGUUUUGUUUUGUGAUUUCCAGCUCCCUGGCCCUUCUCUGGCAAAUAAUUCUUAAACCUCGAAUA